AUGUCAUAUCCUAGCGUCCUCAGAUCCGAACGUCCUCAUAUCCAAAUGUCCACAUAUCCGAACAUCCUCAUAUCCGUAUCUACUAAUAUACGUAUGUCCUCAUAUCCGAUCAUCCUCAUAUCCGAAUGUCCUCGUAUACCUAUGUCCUCAUAUCUGAGCGUCCUCAGAUCUAUCCGAAUCGAAUCUCCUCAUCUCCCUAUGUCAUAUCCUAGCGUCCUCAGAUCCGAACGUCCUCAUAUCCAAAUGUCCACAUAUCCGAACAUCCUCAUAUCCGUAUCUACUAAUAUACGUAUGUCCUCAUAUCCGAUCAUCCUCAUAUCCGAAUGUCCUCGUAUCCCUAUCGUCCUCAGAUCCGAACGUCCUCAUAUCCAAAUGUCCACAUAUCCGAACAUCCUCAUAUCCGUAUCUACUAAUAUACGUAUGUCCUCAUAUCCGAUCAUCCUCAUAUCCGAAUGUCCUCGUAUCCCUAUGUCCUCAUAUCUGAGCGUCCUCAGAUCCCCGUAUUUGUCGCCCCUUCCCCUUUCAUCUAUCGCCAUUAACAUUCCUUUUCUCUUCAACGUACACUUAUUUUUCUUACAGCCAAACGAAAAAGACGUUGAUAUUUGUUUCCGUCGUAAAUUGCCUGCAAGUACAUCUAUUGAAAGGCCGUCCAUUCGCUUAUUCGUCUUAAAAGAUCCUCCCUCACACUCUCUCUCUCUCUCUCUCUCUCUCUCUCUCUCUCUCUCUCUCGCUCUCAUAUUUCCACUUGAGGAAACAUAA